CCAUUUAUAGGAUGUCGUCUUUUCAUUCCUCCAGUUUUGUGGAAAGGGACAACGCCUCUCCACGCCGUAUUUCGUCAUUUCCAGUGACGUCAAGACAUCAUGGCGGCGCAUAUGGCUCGAUACUAUAUUUCUCUCCGCGGUAAUAUACUCGCUCGUUUAAUCGUAUCUCCGCAUGCAGUAAAACCUUGGUGCGUUCGGACUAGUCAACUCAACAGUCUGCAGCCGAGCGCUGGUUAUGCAAAUCGCGGGCCAGAUAACGAGCAGGAUGUCCAAGUACACGUUCCAGUAGACCGCCUAACAGUGUCUUACAGUAGGAGCAGUGGCCCUGGGGGUCAGCAUGUCAACAAAGUCAACACAAAAACAGAGAUCAGAUUUCACGUGUUAACUGCAGACUGGAUCCCAGAAGGUGUGCGACAGAAAAUCAUGGAAAAAAACCAAAAUCGAAUCAACAAGGCUGGCGAGUUGAUGGUCACCUCAGAGCUGAGUAGGAGCCAGCAGAGGAACUACGGCGACUGCAUACGGAAGAUCUCAGCCAUCAUUGCUGAAGCCAGCGUGAAGCCACACGAGCCAACGGCGGAAGAUAUCGCCCUCAGGAACUCAAGCGGGGCCUGCCUCUUGGAUGGGGGAAAUGGUUUUUUCAGGCUAGACAAGAGAAACAAGGAGCGACUCAGACAGAAGAAGAUCCAUUCGGCUAUCAAACAGAGCAGGCGACUGGAGUUUGAUUAAUGUUUCAGCUUUCAGUUUAAUGUAUUUAUUCUGUUUUCUUUGUAAUAAAAUCAUUUUGAAAAAUCCACCUCAA